GGGGAGGCGGGCGAGGAGGUAGGGGGAUGGUUUAACCCGAGUAGGAACUUCUUAAUACCGUGACGGCAGAGUCGGGUUCAUUGUGGGAUCAAUACAGAGACGACCGGGUGUAGGAGUGGCAACCGUCGCCUCAUUGGAUGUGCCGUUCCUGGUCGGUGAUUGGUCGGUUGUGGAACUACCAGGAGGCGGUUCCUUUGCUGGUUGCCCCUCUGUUGGGGGGGUGAACGAAAGGGGGAAACAGGCCCUGACCCUCGCCAGGAAGGAGAGAACACGCGGCGAGCGAAAAAGACGGAGCGGCGCGGCGCGACCAGUUGGAAAAAGACGGCGGACUGGUGUACGGUGAGGGUGACACGACGUCGGGGGGUUCAGUCUGUGUUCGCCCAUCAGAGACACAUCACCAGCCACGAUACGGUCCGGUUACGUAUCUCUUCGACGCGAGGAAAUCUCCUCGCAGCCAGGUGUUGCCCGUAUCUUGGACAAACGAGAUCUUUGCCUUUCUUACACGCUUCGACGUUUGACAACGUUCUGGGACGGUUACGGUGACGUUUGAUUACGGUGACGAAUUACACGGUUUCAUGGAUCGGUACCAGAGAUUGGAGCGAGGGAACGGUGAGAAACGAGAGUUCGUCGUGAUUUCAACGUAAAACAGGUGUUUCAAUCGAGUAUUAAAUUCGAAAUAUACAUAUAUAUUUAUAUGCGUGGAUAACAUAUAAAGUUUCUUCAAGUUUUGUGAUUUUAUUAUAUUGUUGACCGUUGAUCGUCAUUUGAUCGAUAAAGGAGAAAAUUUAGAUCGAGACUGAUCGUCCGAUCAUCGAGAAAAUUUAGAUGAAGACAAUCCAUUAAACCAUUAGUGCGUUGUCAAACGUAUUUAAUCGCCAGUUUCGGAAAAAGGAACGAUACGAAAGAGGAAAACAUUUUUUUCUUUUUCUUUUUUUUUCUUUUUUUUUUUUUUUUUUUUUCUUCCCCUUUUGCACGAAAGAACGACACGUGGAUUCUCGAAAGAAUCGAUUGUAAAACAAACGUUACUUUUACGUGCUCGGUACGAGACAAUCCUGUGUUCGUCUUGUGUCGUCGAUUUAUUUUUUCGACGUAGAACAUUAAAAAUAGUUCGAUGCAGUGCUAAACACUUACUAUGUGAAUCAAAGUUGUGACAAACAAAGAAACAGCAAAUCGUCGAAGAGUGAUCGUUAAAGUGUAUUUAUUAAAAAAUCAUUCGAGAGUAUUGCGUUGACAAUCGUCGAAAAAGUGAUAGGGCAUUCUUCCUCGUGAAGAGAAGAAGCAAAUAAAAACGAGGUAAAAAUCUUUUUUUUCGCGUUAAUAAUAUACCAAAAUAAUCUCGAUCCCUCACUUGAUCUGAUUUCCAAUGUUUCCCUCGAUAUGGUCGAUAAUAUGUAAAGCAUCGCGGUGAUAAGAGAAUCUCUCGAAUCUCGAAAGAAUUUCGUGGACGCGCAUUCGAAAGACAGAUCUCGAGAGCAAUCUUUGUCGAUGCGAUUCGUGGAUGCGAACCGCGUGACGUGAAGAUGCUCGGAUCGGGCUGACACUUUGGCAUUUAUUAUUUCGAUCGAUCGAACGACAAACGUAUAUAUAUAUAGGAAAUCGGAGAAGAGAAGAAGAGAAGAGGAGAAGAAGGAGAAGAAGGAGAAAGAGGAAGAGAAAGAGGAAGAGGAGGAGGAGAAAAAGGAGGAGGAGGAGAAGAAAGAGGAGGAGGAGGAAGAGAGGGUGGAGAGUGGUGGACGAAGUGGAAAGAAAAGAUAGUGGACGAACGGGUGGUGCGACGUUCGGGUACGCACGUCGACCGAAGGCCGGCUCUGGGGUGCCGGGCCCGGGCGGGGUGAUGAGCUGUUCCGAGGUGAUGUAUCAAUAUUAUCCUUACCUCUACCAGAGGCCACCGCCGCCACCACCGCCGCACCCGACCCACCCUCAUACGGCCCCGCACACCCAUCCCCACACGAAUCCACAUGCGGCCCACGACAGCCCUACUAGGUCGGCGUCUUUUCAAUCCUUCUCCGCGGCCACGGCGACGCAUCAGUACGAUAGGUUGAACGUUCACCAAAGACCAUUGGGGCAAAUUUGUCCAACUGGUGGAAGUGUUCCACAAGGGCAGCAGAGCAGCGCAGGUUCCGUCGGCUCGGCACCUAGUCCGGCAUCGCCAAGACCAACUCCUCAACCACGGCCACCCGUUGCAUCGACCGCUUCGCAACCCUCGAGAACGUUGGACGAUGACAGAUCGACGGACGGUACUGGGACCGCAGCGGAAGAUUCCGACGAUGGCGAGAGCAUAGCGCAAUACGUGAGCACAAAUUGCGUCGUCUUCACCCAUUAUCGAGGGGAUGCCGCGUCCGAAGUGGAGGAACACUUUCAAAGGGCAUUAGCGCACGACAAACCGAAAGAAAAUAUCUCCCCUAUGUUCAUGAGGAACUUCCCCCCUUCCUUCUGGAAGAGUCAGCAUCCUGGUGAAGUCUACGAGUGUCCAACGGAUCCAUGGCAUCCGCAUUAUCCACAAUAUCACCACAGGGCUGUGCACGAGUACCAUCACCAUAACAUGGCGACCGUGACGAGUUACGGCGGUUUGCUUUUGGGUGGUGCGCGAGGACUCGGCCACCAUGCGGCGCACCACGCGCACUCCGCGGCCUCCUACAAGGACUGGCCGUCGGCGACGCCGUCGCAGUCGUUCGUCGACGCUUCCUCCGCACCCUCUUACCCGCACGGCUAUUAUGCACCCCUCUCUGGUCUCGAGUCUCAGGUUCAAGAUUCCAAAGACCUUUAUUGGUUCUAGAAGCGAGUGACGGAGUCUCGUGGGCCGAAUUAAUUCGCAACAUCCGGUGGGUGGAUGUCCGCGAAAGAAAGAGGCACGAGGUCUUCGAAACCGCGAACAGGAAUCGGAUGAAGAAGGAAUUGUCAUCCUCGUUCGAACGAACGUAGCGACAAAAUGGCGAACAGGACGCUGUUGGGACGCGAUCGAGGAGAAACGAGCCUGCUCUCAAACGUGAUACUAGCGUGCUAAGGAACGACGAUCCAUCCGGCGAGCGGAGAGCUGAUGGACGAGGAUGGGGAGAGGAGAGGAAGAAAUUUUUGUUAUGUUACGGUCGGACGAACGUGUGAGAACAUCGUUCACGCCGAGCAAGUGUACAUAGUGUUACCUAAUUUACUUUAAGGAUCUACUAUUAGCGUACAACUCGGAUAGUAUUAGAGGAACUACUUUGCGCGCACUAUUACCUUUCAUAGUGACUGACGACGAAAUUACUUACUACAUAUAUGUCCGACCGGCCGGUGAAAAUGACAGAUUCUCUAGUUCGUAUAGAAAUGUAGGGAAUUGUAGGCCAUCGAAAGGCGAAAGAGUCGAAAUUUUCCAAAUAAUUACGAAAAUAGUCGAAUAACUAAUUCUAACGAAUCGAUAUUCUCUUCGAACGUUGUCGAUCGUAUCUUUUUUUUUGUUCUCGAAUCAAAGUUGAAACGAUGAAUUUUCGAUGUAAACGUUGUUAGGAUCAUUCGUUUAUUCGAGGAAGGAAAGAUGCGUGAAAGAGGAAAGAGAAAAGGAAGACGGAUCGAUUAUUUGGAAAAUUUGACUACAGAUUUAAGUGAAAUAUUUAUUGACCAAUGAUCUUGCCAUAUAUAUAUAAUAAAUAUAUAUAUAUAUAUAUAUAUAUUACUAUUAUUAUUGUAUCAUAACACCGAUGCUGCAGAAAUUCUGAAAUCUCUCCAAGUCGGCAAAUUAAAAAAAAAAAAAAAAAAAAAAAAGAAAUAGUUAUUAUCCGAAUUGUCACAAUUAUUCUUUACAUCCUUUCCCAUAGAAUUGACAAUGAUAUCGCGAGGACAUGUAUACACACGCGCAACAAGCACGCACGCACAACCGUCAUUUUCGCCUAGUGAAUUACUCUACCUUAAGCGCAUCUCAUGUUAUCAUAGGUGUUAAAUAAAUGAUGCAUCAAUAUUA